ACCAAACCCCUAAAUUCGAACGCGCAACUAGCCCCGUUCAGGCUCAGCCCAGUCAAUCAAAGUUCCAGGACGGGACAUCCAUCAAACUACUAACCUACCCCUUCAACCUCAUCUCGACGCCCGAGAAACGACUUUGCUGUCGCUCCCUCUCCUCCACCUCCGUCUCCGUCCUUUCUCUCUCUCUCAGCACCAAAACUAAUCAUCUUUAUCUGCUCGAAAUGUCCUCGGGAUUGACGCGACGCCGCGGUGCUGGCGGCGCAGGACCUGCAGCUGAGGGCGAUUCCAGCAACGGCACUGCCCCUAGAACGAGCACACCAAGCGCCAGGGACAACGGACCCGAGACGAGCUACGAAAGCACAGAAAAUGGCCACAAGAUCGCAUUCGACCCUCGCGAUAUCAGUGAGAGUGCCGAGCGGAGCAAGCAGCCAAAGCUCACCCUCAUGGAGGAGGUCUUGCUACUUGGCCUCAAGGAUAAGCAGGGCUACCUCUCUUUUUGGAACGACAACAUCUCUUACGCCCUUCGAGGAUGCAUUGUCAUCGAACUGGCCUUCCGUGGUCGCAUUGCAAUGGAGAAGGAUGCUUCAAGACGCCGAUUCCCCCUCGCAGACCGCAACAUCGAGGUCAUAGACGACACCCUUACUGGCGAGGUUCUUCUCGACGAGGCUCUCAAGAUGAUGAAGCAGAGCGAAAAGAUGAGCGUCGCAACCUGGAUUGACUUGAUGAGCGGCGAGACCUGGAACUUGAUGAAGAUCGGAUACCAGCUCAAGCAGGUCCGAGAACGGCUCGCAAAGGGCUUGGUCGAUAAGGGCAUCCUCCGCACCGAGAAGCGCAAUUUCCUCCUUUUCGACAUGGCAACUCAUCCCGUCGCCGAUGGUGGUGCUAAGGAGGAGAUCCGCCGCCGGGUUCGCAACAUCCUUACCCAACGGACCGUCGUCCUCAAUGGUAGCCAAUUCCUCCCCGAGUCGCUCGAAUUCCGUUAUAUGCGUAGCAUCGCCAUGGUUUGCGCCGCCUACGCCGCUAAUGUCCUCGAGAACGCCCUCGCAUCCCUUGGCCACGAGGCAAGGGAACGGGCUUUUGCGCAGACCGAUGAUUUACUCGCCGACUACAGCCAAUGGCCGUUCGGCAAGAAAGCCACACAGAAUGGCAUUGGUGCUAACUUGCCUCAACUCAUUAACGAGGAGGUCAACAGCGGCAAGGACAAGGAGCUCCAGCUUGAGGUGGUUGCGGCUUGCUUGAGUGUCUUCACUAGACUUGACUCUCUCCUAUAGACGUACUCGUGCAAGCUUCAUGCGUGUCCACCACUGCCGAACGUGACGUUUGGCUACACCUUCGUUCAACUACCCAGCUCCCAACCAGGCCAAGCCCCCCCUCGAAAUCUCUUGUUCCAACUAUCCGAUCCUUAUCCCUCUUAAACCCAUUCUCACGAAAUGACUUCGACGACAACCGUCUCAAGGCUCCCUUCGCCCAACUCACACCACCGCUAUCAUAUGGAGCAAUUCCAGGGAAUUGGAACUUGCCUGCUGCUCAAUUGAACAGGUUUGCAGCUGGGUUAAGACAUGAAGCACUUGGGAGCUUGGCCAAUCGAUUAACUCAGCGCAAAGUAUCAUUUUUGUUGGGCGCUUGAACAAGUGGUGUCGGUGGUAGGACUCACUCCAUAACUCACCCAAACUUCUUCUUUUAAUGUCCUUUUUAUUUUUGUCGGGGCUUAUCUAUUCGUCCUUUUUACUUUUGGGAAACAAAAAAGGAGGUGGACGGGAUGACUAUGACUCUGACUCUGACUCUGACUCUGACCAUGGCUUUGUUGUGUAUGUGUGUGUGUGCUGUCGAUGCGUUACUUGGAAGGCUAGGGAAAGGGGGCGAAAUCCAUAGGUCGUUUGGUGUGUGAAAGGUAGCCGUUUUGUCGUCGACUUGGGUCUGGUAUCUCUAUUGUAAUGAAAAAGAAAAUGUCACAGACAACCUUUAAGACACCCUGCGACGACGUUUGUCUAUUAUGAAAACUUGGAACCCCGAGAUGUCUGCUCUUACAUCUGGUGAUGGACUUGAAAUAGUUUAAGUAUGAAUGAACGGCUUGGAUCUACACACUCAACGCAAGGAUACUGCAACUUUUGAUAAGACAUCUUGGGGACUUGCGCUACUGGGACUUGGGGCUUGAACUGGCUUGACG